AUGUCCAAACGACAAUCAAGGCCUCUCUUCAUACACGAAGGUUUCUUGCUUCGACAGCAGAAAUCUCUCGCAGAUGGUACAGAACUUUUAUACUGUGAUAAGAGACAAACGCUUGGAUGUACAGCUAGUGCCAGAAGAGUGAAUGGGCACAUUUUCAUGAGAACAGGACACAUUUUGCAUGAAGCAGACGAGGAAUUUGCUAACACAAAACUCGCAAAGCAUGCCUUGAAACAAAUUGCGGCAAAUACUACUUGCUCUCCAAAAAAGUUAAUAGAUGAACUGCAGUCAUCAUUAGGCCCAAUUUCACUAGGAGCGUCAAGGCUUGCGUUAACUAGAAUGAUUCAUCGUGCACGGCAAACUACAGCCGAACCCAAUGCCACAGUGAAGCUUGAACAGAAACCUGAACUACUUGAAGACCAUGCUGACGUGUCGGAUGAUCUACCGGAUGCGAACAUUGGAGAACUAUUGCAAAAUAUUAUAAAACAAGAAGAACCUGAGGAAGAAACUGAGAUGACACAAAGCUCAUCAUCAAAUAUAAACCAUUCACAUCAAACAAUCACCAUUCCGGUUGGAUCUUUUUUCGAGACUUUGCAAGAUAUUGUAAGAUACAAUUGA